AUGGUAGUUGCUGCUUUUUUCCUUUAUCCCCAACUAAUGACUAAACAAACUACAGCGAUAGAAAUUGAAAGAGCUAUAGAAAUUGAAAACGUUAUAGAAGUUGAUAAAGUUAUUGAAGUUGAUAAAGUUAUAGAAGUUGAUAAAGUUAUAGAAGUUGAUAAAGUUAUAGAAGUUGAUAAAGUUAUAGAAGUUGAUAAAGUUAUUGAAGUUGAUAAAGUUAUAGAAGUUGAUAAAGUUAUUGAAGUUGAUAAAGUUAUAGAAGUUGAUAAAGUUAUAGAAGUUGAUAAAGUUAUAGAAGUUGAUAAAGUUAUUGAAAUUGAUAAAGUUGUUAAAGUUAUAGAAGUUGAUAAAGUUAUAGAAGUUGAUAAAGUUAUUGAAAUUGAUAAAGUUGUUAAAGUUAUAGAAGUUGAUAAAGUUAUUGAAAUUGAUAAAGUUGAUAAAGUUAUAGAAGUUGAUAAAGUUAUAGAAGUUGAUAAAGUUAUAGAAGUUGAUAAAGUUAUAGAAGUUGAUAAAGUUAUUGAAGUUGAUAAAGUUAUAUUAGUUGAUAAAGUUAUAGAAGUUGAUAAAGUUAUAGAAGUUGACGAAGUUAUAGAAGUUGAUAAAGUUAUAGAAAUUGAUAUGCGCAUAAUAUAUCAAACGGGCUGA